CGACCGUGAUGUCAGCGCAGGGCGCGCGCUGAUUGGCUGUCCGUCGCGCAUAAUCUCACUUCCGAGUAGCUCGCGAUUUGUUCACCAUGUUGGAUCCUCUGCUCAUCGAUGCCUUGUGAUCGAUAGUUUGAUCGAAUCGGGGAGGGAGCAGCGGCAGCGGCGGCGGCGUUAGCAUUAGCGUUAGCAGCAGACAGGGGGAAAGUGGUGGGACACAAAGUGACGCGCAGUGUGAUCUGCAGGAGGACACAGACUCUGUCCAUGGGGAUUAGAAGUUGUGUGUCAGCCUUCGUGUGUGUGAGCUCUUCUCUCGCCGCCUCUGUGUGUCAGUGAUGGCUGGUUUGUGUUCUGGAGGAUCGCAGCUGGAGUAAUAUGUGAGCGCAGUGGACCUGCCGCGGCCUGGGCCUCCCUGUGUGCCCGCCUCUGCCUGCUCUACUGUGGCCUGGGCUGGAAACACCUCCUCACUCUGCAGCGGAUCAGCAGCAGCAGCAGUGGUAAUUACGGCCCCGGAGAUUAGCCUUGUUUACAGAGCACACGGCUGACUGACAGGGACAAUUCACUUUGGAUGAGAUUUCCAGCCCCAUUGCUGCUGGAGCUGGUGGUGUUGGAGGUGUUAGAGGUGGCGGCAGCAGUAGUGUGUGCCAGCUUGGACCAUAUCAAAAAAGAUGUUGCCUCCUCCCAUGUGACAAGCCCCACAUCACACUUCUAUCAGAAGGAAGGAGGAGGGCGCCUCCGGUAUCAUGAGGAGCAUUUAGGGGCAACUGGCUUUCAUUUCUGAAGGGGGUGCAGGUUGUCAUUUUAGUUUGUUUUGGAUCAGGAUUCAUCAUCAUCAUAAUCAUCUUUAGGCAAAGCAAGUGGGUCACAUUUAAGGUCUGCAACUAAUUUGCCACAAACAUGUCAGAAAGUGAUGAUCAGUGUCUCCCAAACGUCAAAAUGACAACAUCCUCAAAUGGAGAUAAAGUUUUAGGUUUUAUUUCAUAAAAACAAAUCUCCUCACAUGAUUGUCAAAAUAGUUUAGCAAUUCAUUUAGUAAUCGAUCAAUAAUCUAUUGGUCAUUGCCGCUGCAGUCACAUUCUUGUUGGUGUUAUGAUAUAGUGGCUUCUUCAAGGAAAUAGCAGCAGCUGCACCAUAUAGACAUCCCGAGUGUUUUCUGUAACUAUGUUGUCUCCAAGUUUUCUGAGUGUUGAGCUUAGUCAUUAGCAUCACUUCCAGCAGCAGCAGCAGCAGCAGCAGACACUGACUGGGGCUGUGUGAGCAUCAGUGAAUGGCUCUUUGCAGCACAGUGGCUGCAAAUGUUCCAAAAAUGAUGGCCGCUUACAAUGGUGGCUCCUCGGCCGUGGCUGUCCAUCACCCACACCCGCAUCACCACCAGCUUCAGCACCUCCCAGCCCCACACAUGCACCACCAUCACCACGCAGGCCAGCAUCACCUGCAGCAGCAUCCGGGCUCCGCCGCCAUCGCCGCCGUGCACACGGACCAGCAGCAACAGCAGCACACAUCCACGGCUGCUGCUGCCGCCGCUGCAGCCGCAGCAGUGAUGCUCAACCCGGGCCAGCAGCAGCCCUACUUUCCCUCCCCCGCCCCGGGACAAGCCCCGGGGCCGGCGGCCGCUGCUGCUCCUGUGCAGGUUCAAGCCACCGCUGCUGUCAAAGCCCAUCACCAUCAUCACCAUCAUCACCACCAGCAGCAGCAGCAGCAGCAGCAGCAUCAGCAGCAGCAGCAGCAGCAUCAACACACACACCACCUGCAGCAGCCGCAGCUGGACAUAGAGCCGGACAGGCCCAUUGGCUACGGAGCGUUUGGUGUUGUCUGGUCAGUGACAGACCCGAGAGAUGGAAAGCGAGUUGCUCUCAAAAAGAUGCCCAAUGUCUUCCAAAACCUUGUAUCUUGCAAGAGGGUGUUUCGGGAGCUGAAGAUGCUGUGUUUCUUCAAACAUGAGAACGUUCUCUCUGCUCUGGACAUACUACAACCUCCACACAUCGACUACUUUGAGGAAAUCUACGUGGUGACUGAACUCAUGCAAAGUGACCUCCAUAAGAUCAUCGUAUCACCGCAGCCUCUGAGCUCAGAUCAUGCCAAAGUCUUUCUGUAUCAGAUUCUACGGGGACUGAAAUACCUUCAUUCUGCUGGCAUUCUACACAGAGACAUCAAACCUGGCAACCUCCUGGUCAACAGCAACUGUGUGCUCAAGAUCUGUGACUUUGGUCUGGCUCGAGUGGAGGAGUCGGACGAGUCACGUCACAUGACUCAGGAAGUUGUGACACAGUACUACCGGGCUCCGGAGAUACUCAUGGGAAGUCGCCACUACCACAACUCCAUCGACAUCUGGUCUGUGGGCUGCAUCUUCGCCGAGCUGCUGGGCAGACGCAUCCUCUUUCAAGCCCAAAGUCCCAUUCAGCAGCUUGAUUUAAUCACUGACCUGCUGGGAACUCCCUCAAUGGAGGCAAUGAGGACAGCAUGUGAAGGUGCUCGUGCACACAUUCUUAGAGGACCUCACAAACAGCCAUCGCUUCCUGUUCUCUACACUCUUUCCAGCCAAGCAACCCACGAAGCUGUCCACCUCCUCUGCAGGAUGCUCGUAUUUGAUCCGUCAAAAAGGAUUUCAGCGAAGGACGCCCUGGCUCACCCGUACCUGGACGAGGGUCGACUGCGCUACCACACGUGCAUGUGCAAGUGCUGUUACACCACGUCCUCCGGCCGGGUUUACACCAGUGACUUUGAGCCUGUCACGAAUCUCAAGUUCGACGAUGGCUUUGAGAAGAACCUGAGCUCUGUCAGACAGGUCAAAGAGAUCAUCCAUCAGUUCAUUCUGGAGCAGCAGAAGGGGAGUCGAGUGCCACUCUGCAUUAACCCUCAGUCGGCUGCUUUCAAAAGCUUUAUCAGCUCCACAGUGGCUCAGCCGUCUGAAAUGCCUCCGUCUCCGCUGGUGUGGGAAUAGCUGCUGCUGCUGCUGCUGCUGCUGCUGCUGCUGCUGCUGCAUGACAUCAUCUGUCCCCAACUGACACGCUGCUAAACUGGGAACAAGAGAGCAUCUCAGCGUCCUCCUAUAAUCUGUGUAGCAUUUCACUGGAGAGCAGGACUCGCACAUGUGCCGCGUGUUUGGCCCACGUGUGACCCAAACAAGGACAAGUCCACUGGUAACUGCUUUAUGGUGUGUCGUAGACGGUUUGGUGUGCAAAUGAUGAAAGAAAAGCUCUGAAGACCAAAUCAGAAUGUGUGAAACAAACCCAUGUGCUCACUUCCAGGUAGCUUAGAUUUAACACGUCUAUAAUAUGAAGUACAUUUGUGUUUUCUAUAUAAUAAUACAUAUAAGAAAAGAUGUUUAUUUAAAAUGUUCUUCGAUCAUAAAACAUACAGGUAGACUUGUCCGCUUUGCUAUGUCCACCGUCAUCUCCACAUUGGUCAGUUUAGCCCAACUUAUGCGUCUUGUUCAGACAAUCGAUUGUAAUUGUGUUAAACACAAUAUUUUAUUAUUGAAAGUUUCCCUAUUUUAUAAAGAUAUUUUAACUUAUUGAAAGCAAAAUGUCAACAGUAUUUCCCUGCACAUUUGGCCAUGUUUUCACUCAUUUAACUGUUCAUUUGCCAAUGACAAUUAGCCUGAUUUAUCAAUGAAGCUCAAAAAAAUUCAAAUUGUGUGCACAUCUGCACAUUUUAGUUGCACAUAUUUGACAUAUUUAUGCUCAGAGGGACACGUCAGGUCACAUGACAAAGGUUGAGUGUGUCAUCUGAUGACACUGCCUGUUCCAAGUGGUCUCUCUUGAAGAAGCAGACCUGGACCAAGUGGUUACUCACUUUUAACAAAAACACUGGAAGUUAAAAAAAAAAGAUGCACUUGAUGCAGAAUGAAGUAUGAAAAAAGACGUUUAGAUGACUGUAAUGCAACGUAACUCUGUGUAUGUCCACGUACAUACAUGGACCGUAUUAGAGCAAGUACAUUUUCUGCAUGAUUUCAGUGACAAAUGUAUGCAAGUGUUUCUACAUAAGGCCCCGCAAUAUUUAUGAACUGAAGUAGAAACCUGUCUCAAUAUGUAAAAGAAGAGUCAGGUUUUCCCUUGGAAAUGGCAACAAAUGCUUUGUGUCUGUUUUGGAAAUAAUGCAGAAUCCUCUUGUUAAUGGCUUUAAGUUGUUGAGUUUGUAUAUUCCUGGAAGUAAAGGUUUAACGAGAACAGGAAACCAGAUCAGAAGUUAUCCUUAUACUUAUACUACAUCCUGCUUCCAAACAAGAUGAUUAAAAUCUUGACCAAAUCUCCAGAA